UCCAAACACAGUGAAGGUGGGAAACGUACAAGUCCUUGAACUGUGUAUACAUCGAUUAUUAUGGUAACCUUACGAUGAACAGGUAUCGAUCGCCUAUUUGCAUUUCUAUUCGUCUGUAUCAUGACAACUCACAUUUUAAUCUGUGCAAGAUAAAUGAAUGCCCGAAAAGGAAAAGUUAUACUGCAUGUGGGCAACGCGUGGACGUACGCAAGCAAUCCGGAAUCUUAAGCCCCCUUCAAAAACUCGAGACCACUAAAAGGACUUAUUGCGACGACAGGAGUGAAGUAAGAGUCCGCUUUGCGCCCAGUCCUACAGGAUUCCUUCAUCUGGGAGGACUCCGCACUGCCCUUUACAAUUAUAUAUUUGCUCAGAAGCAUGGAGGAGCUUUCAUAUUAAGGCUGGAAGAUACAGACCAGAGUCGACUUGUGCCAGGUGCUGCAGAACGAAUUGAGGAUAUGCUGGAAUGGGCAGGUGUGCUACCUGAUGAAAGUCCCCGCAGAGGUGGACCCUUUGGCCCUUAUCUGCAGUCUCAGCGCCUGGAUCUGUAUGAAGAUGUUGCAAAGCAUUUAGUGGAGAAAGGGGCUGCUUAUUACUGUUUUUGCAGUCCACAGAGGCUAGAAUUGCUUAAGAAGGAAGCACUCCGAAACAGACAAACACCAAGGUAUGAUAACCGGUGCAGACAUCUUACACCUCAGCAAGUUGAGAGCAAGCUUGCACAGAAGCAGGCACCUGUAAUUCGAUUCCGCCUAGAAGAUGGAGUUGAACCCUUUGAGGACCUGGUUUAUGGGUGGACCAAACAUGAAGUUUCCAAAGUUGAAGGGGAUCCAGUGAUUCUCAAAACAGAUGGUUUCCCUACAUAUCAUUUGGCAAACGUUGUUGAUGACCACCACAUGAAGGUCAGUCACGUCCUGCGUGGCACUGAGUGGCUCAUUUCAACUUCUAAGCACUUGCUAAUGUAUAAAGCCUUAGGAUGGAAACCUCCCAUAUUUGGACAUCUUCCUCUACUCUUGAACAAAGAUGGCAGCAAGCUUUCAAAAAGACAGGGUGAUAUCUUUCUUGAGCACUUUGCUAAACAUGGUUACCUUCCUGAAGCUUUGCUGGAUAUUGUUACCAACUGUGGGUCUGGGUUUAUAGAAAAUCGAGCUGGAAGAACAUUGCGUGAACUUAUUUCAGAAUUUGAUGUGACCAGAAUAACAACACACUCAGCCCUCAUUGAUCUUGAAAAGCUGCCAGAGUUUAAUCGGGUCCAUCUGCUCCAGAAAAUCAACAGCUCAGAACAGCGAGAAGCUCUGGUGAAGCAUCUGAAAAUACAGAUUGAACAGACCUAUGAAGGUCAGCUUUCAGACCAGGAGGUUUUACAGCCUGAAUAUAUUGCUCGCAUCCUUUUGUUACGGAAGGGUCAUAUCACCAGCCUUCAAGAAUUGCUGUUGCCCCAAUACUCCUACCUCUGGAUCAGACCCUCUGUGUCAAGGGAUGAGUUACUAAAAGUUUCAGCUGAAGUAGAUACAAUCAUUCAGCUUGUUUUGAAACUGAUUGAUGUGGAUAGUGCAAAUUUAACAACUGAAACAAUUAAUACAGAACUGAAGGCUCUGCAGAAGAAGGUGAACAACACUAACUAUGGCACCAUGAUGAAAGUCAUUCGGCUUGUGUUAAGUGGACAACAGCAGGGUCCUAGUGUUGCUGAGAUGAUGAUAUCCUUAGGACCUAAGGAAGUCUGCAGUCGCUUACAGCGAGUAUCCUGCAGCAAAUGAGAAGACUGCACAGUAAUGAGAGGUUCCAU